AUGGCUUCUAAUAGCAACAGUCUCAUAUCAAUUGACUUCAGUUCCCAAUCAAUAAUUAGCCAGAGUUUUGAAGCUGGAGGUGUUGGGUUUGAUUCUUUAUCAAAAAAUAAAUACGGUCUUCGAACAGAAAAAUGCUUGGAAUCUUUAAAAUGCGAAGAACAAGUUUUUCUUGAUGAAGCUUUAGAAUGGCCAGAAUCUAGCAGCGACGAGGAGCAGGCAAAAAUUUUUGAUAGCCGAAAAUCUUUAUUAUCUGGAAAAGCGAAACAAGAAUUUAUAAAUUUUAGAAAAAAAGUCAAAGAUCAAAUAGUAAAGAUCAAACCAAAACUUCCGUCAUUUUUCCCACCUAAGGAGCCAGUUUCUGAAGCUAAUGUUUUGGGAUCAAUAUUCACAAGGAAAAAUCAAUAUUUCGAGCAAUUAGGUGACCACCUAAUACAAGGAAUUGAUGCAAUUCUUCCUCAUGGCUUAAUUACAGUAGAGCAAGAUAUUGGAUUUUUAUUGAGGAAAUCUAAGCUAAAAAUGGUAAAAGAUGCAAAAAGUAAAACCAGUGAAGGUAAAGAAAAACUUGCUUAUAUUGAACAAUUAAAAAGAGCUGGAAUUUCUUCGGUAGAAGCAACCCCCCGCAGCCCUUUUCCGGGUGAAAAAAUCACUUUUAUGCAGCAAGCUAUAGCAGCACAAAAAGGUGAAACUUUAAAACCUCCAGAAACCCCAAGACUCCCUCAAGAAGUAAAAAUUCCAGCCAAGAAUAAUUCUGGAAGCGAAAAAGAAAGCGAAGAAGCCACUUACAUAAUCUCUUGAUUGACUAGCAAACAAUUUUUGCUUUUAUUAGAUUAUAUUGUGCAAAUAUUUGGGCAAAGAAACUGGUCUGCUGUUUAAUAUUCAAUCUGCUAUUACCAAGUCUGAAUAAUAUACUUUUUACAAGUAAACCAACUUACAGGAAAUAUUUACAAGGUGCUAUAAUAUUAAAAUUAAAUUCCAUAUAUAAUAUAUGCAAACUUAAUAUAAGAUAUAUAAGCUAUUUUUCAAAAAGGUAAAAUUAGCCCACAUGGUAAACUUUAUGAUUUCACAUAAACAACUUUUGCCUUAUCAAAAAAAAUAAAGGGCUAUAAAUUUCGCUUUAAUUUAUUUGGAUGAAAAAAAAUAUAUGACUAAUGAAAUUCUAUCGCUACUAUUCAUAAAGGUUAGAAGAAUUAUCCAACGCUGCAGUCACAAAAGAGGAGAAAAUUGGCAUCUUAUCAAGAGCAGCCAUUUUUAAAGAAGAGUUCGAAAUAAAAGACAAGAAAAAGGCUUUCAAGAUGUGGAAGAAGAAAACCGAGAGAUUUUUAGAGAGAAAACUUGAAUUAGAUAAAAAAGAAAAAGAAAGAAAAGCAAAAUUAGUAGAAGAGCUUAGCUUAGUUCAGAAAGAUAAAAUGAUUAAUGUGAAGAAAGCAAAACCAAGCGGAAGAGAAUUAUAUUAUGAAAUGGAUGAGAAAAAAAUUGAAUUAGAGCAUGUGCUGCCGAGGAGGCUGUCGAAAUAUAUCAAAAAUUGCAAUAAUGUCUAUCGAAUAAAGAAAUAA